AAUGACUAUAUAUUUUCUACAAAUAUUAGGAAAGACUUCAAUCUCAAAAGAAAUUAUCAGUCACGUUUAUAAUUCCAAUUCGCCUUUGGCAGCUAUUUCCAUAGCACAAUCCUUCGUCGAUUGCUUUCAAAUUCUCGAAAAAUAGUUGCUCGCCAACCAACUCUCCGUCGGAAACCCCAAUUCGCCUUGAUUUUCCGAUCAAUUUCAUCUCCUGCAUACCCUUUUGCCCAAAUUGAGAAACCCCACGCCAGUUUUACUGCAAAAUUCCGAACAUGUCGAAAAUUCAAUGGUUAGGGUUUUCGCCUGAGUAGUUGCUUGGAUAAUGGGGGCUCUAACCAGCAACAGGAAGCGAGGAGACGAUUACUUCAAAAACCUUACGUCUCCGACCCCGUUUGACCAAUCGUACGGCCACAUUUCGAAAAAACCGAAGCUUUCAGCUUCUAUGAGUCAAACUACGGCGGAGACUAAUCGUGCGGCGGCGUCGAAUUCGGUUGUUGCCAGAAUUGCUCAGUAUCCAGAUAGGAAAUUGGGGCUUCCGAGAGUAGUUCACGCCCCAGUUAGGCAUAGAUUGGGAAGUUUUUCUUCUGCUAAGAAUACUGUUUCUUCUGCUAGUUCUAGGGAAUCCCCACCUAAUACAAUGGGGAAAUAUAAUUUUUUUUCGCGGCAAUUAGAAAGACUUAAGGAUUCAGCAUUCAGAUCUUUGAGGUACGUUCCGUGGAAACAGAAGGAGAAGGAGAAGGAGGUGAUUGAGCUUGAUAGCAGCGACAGCGAGGAACAGGAUCGUGAUGCCAUCUCUAAUGAUUCUAGCAUAGAAGAAGUGGAGAUUGUGGAUUCCGUGGGGAGAAGGAGGAAGGGGGGAGAAGGAGCUGUGGAGAAAGAAGUGCGAUCUUUAGAUUCUUCGGUGGUUACAGAUGUUAGCAAUGCGGUUGCAAGGGUUCAUGAUAUGGAGAAGAAUGGACUAUCGUUAUCGGACCCGAUGGCUGAUGAUUCGGGGAGACCACCGUAUAAGAGCUUGUAUGAUAGUACAAAGAAAAGAGAUUUUAUUAUUGCCAACAUAAAUUUUGAUAUAGAUUUACAGGAAAAGCGGGUUCAAAGGCUGCAGUUAUUGCGGCCUCCAAAGAAAGAAGAGCCUAUUAAGAAGGAUGUGGCUGAGGAAUGCUUUGUGCCUCUUACUGAUGAGGAAAAGACUGAGGUUUCUCGUGCCUUGUCUAAUUCUCACAGGAGAAAAGUUUUGGCCGCCCAUGCGAAUUCUGGCAUUGAUGUUACUGGAGAAAAAUUACAGUGUUUGAGGCCUGGAGCAUGGCUUAAUGAUGAGGUCAUUAAUGUGUAUCUUGAAUUGUUGAAAGAAAGGGAAAAAAGGGUGCCAGAGAAGUUUCUCAAGUGCCAUUUCUUUAAUACCUUCUUCUACAAGAAGCUUAUUAGUAGUCGGGCUGGCUACAAUUUUCAAUCAGUUCGAAGAUGGACUACACAGAAAAAGCUCGGAUAUAGUCUUUUAGAGUGUGACAAAAUUUUUGUGCCUAUCCACAAAGAAAUCCAUUGGUGUCUGGCAGUUAUCAACAAAAAGGAUGAAAAAUUUCAGUAUCUUGAUUCACUCGGAGGUCGUGAUAAUCAAGUUCUGAAUGCACUGGCCAAGUAUUUUGUGGAUGAGGUGAAGGACAAGUGUGGAAAGGAUAUCAAUCUGAACUCAUGGGAGAAAGAAUUUGUCACAGAACUUCCGGAGCAGUUAAAUGGGUUUGAUUGUGGCAUGUUCAUGAUUAAGUAUGCUGACUUCUAUAGCAGGGAUAUUGGACUCUGCUUUAGCCAGGAUGAUAUGCCUUAUUUUAGGCAGAGGACAGCCAAGGAGAUUUUGAGAUUGAAAGCAGACUGAUUAACAGAGAGAUCUGAUUUUUUUUUGCCUAUACUAAUCAUCGGUUGAUGAAAAAUGUUAAGAGAUUGGAUGUCAUAUUAUAAGACGUGCUUUCAGUAUAAUACAAAGAUGGGUUUUGUAUCGCGGUGAUCCAUUGCAAGUUCAACUCUGCAGUUACUGGAGUUGCCAGCCUUGUUCCUCACUCUUGCUUGUAAGAUUCAGCAGAAGCACAGAAACUGUACAUGAAUACGAGUGCUGAGCAACACCGGCUGAUGGUCACCUGGUUGAUUAUGAAAAGAUAUGAUUCGACACGGUUUUUAUAUAUCCUGUGAUGUGUUCAUAGUAAUUUUGCAGUCUAGCUAUCAGAAUUUUUUUUCAAAUUUUUUUGGGGGUAAAGUCUCUAAAAUGUGUUUGUCAGGUGUUUUUGUUUACUCAAAAUGUGACUAUUUGAAACUGAUGCGGUUAAUAGAGAUUUUUGGUUUACUAUUUGCA